GUGCUUUUGACACCUCUGUGAUCUCCAUAAGCUCUCAGACCGGCAUCAUGGUGCAUUUUACCGGUGAGGAGAAGACUGCUGUCACUAAUGUGUGGAGCAAAGUAAAUGUGGAAGAGGCUGGAGGCGAAGUGCUGGGCAGGCUCCUGGUCGUCUACCCCUGGACCCAGAGAUUCUUUGACAACUUUGGCAACCUGUCCUCUUCUUCUGCCAUAAUGGGCAACCCCAAGGUCAAAGCUCAUGGCAAGAAGGUGUUGACAUCCUUUGGAGAUGCUAUUAAGAACAUGGACAACCUCAAGAGUGCUUUUGCUAAGCUGAGUGAGCUGCAUUGCGACAAGCUGCAUGUGGAUCCUGAGAAUUUCAGGCUCCUGGGCAAUGUGAUGGUGAUUAUUCUGGCUUCUCAUUUUGGCAAGGAAUUCACCCCUGAUGUGCAGGCUGCUUGGCAGAAGCUGGUGGCUGGUGUUGCCAAUGCCAUGGCCCACAAGUACCACUGAGUCCUCUUUCCAGUUCACCAGUGCCCAUUUGUGUCCCCAUUACCUUCCUUCUGCAAAUGGGAACUGGAGUUUGUCUUGACAGCACAACUUCUGUUUAAUAAAGCAUUCUAUUCCAUAAUCAGAA